ACUUCUGUGUUGAAAGAGUGUUGAAGAGGCGGUUUGUCACCCAGUCGGAUUCUUAUUAUUCAAACGAGUCAAUCUUUUGGAAAACAGGCGGAAAAAUACAGACGGAAAGAUACAGAUGGAACUGUGUGAAAAAUGGAUCCAGUAACCAAUCCCUUUGUAAAUGUUUCAAGUAUGAACCAAAGCAGCCUGUACAAGUGUGUUUUAAAUGAGAACUUUGAGUUCAUUUUACUACCAAUCUGUUAUGGGAUUGUAUUUGUUAUUGGGCUGAUCCUUAAUGCUUUUGCCCUUUUCAUCUUUACCUUUCGCAUGAAAGAAUGGACCUGCAGCACUAUUUACAUGUUUAAUCUGUCCAUCUCUGACACCUUGUAUGUCAUCAGCCUGCCGCUUCUCAUAUACUACUAUGCCAAAGAAAACAACUGGCCUUUUGGUGAUGCCAUGUGCAGAAUCAUUAGAUUCCUUUUUUAUAACAACCUCUACUGCAGUAUCCUCUUUCUUUCCUGCAUCAGCAUUCACCGCUUUUUGGGCAUCUGUUUUCCUAUGCAAUCCUUGGAAUGGCUUAAUGUGCGCCAUGCCCGCAUAUGUUCUGUGCUCAUCUGGAUCAUUGUUGUGUCUUGCCAGGCUCCCAUCCUUUAUUUCUCCCAGACCUAUAACAACAACGGCAAUGUCCUCUGCUAUGACACAACACCCCGUGGAUUGUUUCCCCAGUUUCUGGUUUACAGCUCCAUAAUAUGUGUGAUGCUCUUCUGUUUGCCCAUCCUAACUGUCAUUAUCUGUUAUUGCCUAAUGGCCAAGCAGCUUAUGCAGCCUAGUGCUGAAGGCACCUCCUCUUCCCGGAUUAAGAAGAAAUCAAUCAGGAUGAUUGUGAUUGUCCUUCUUGUUUUCAUCCUCUGCUUUUUGCCUUUUCACAUCACCCGGACCAUUUAUUACAUCUUCAGGCAGCUCAAUGUGGAAUGUGACAUGCUGGAGGCUUCCAACAUUGCUUAUAUAGUGACCAGGCCUCUAGCCAGUGCUAACAGCUGUUUAGAUCCCAUUUUGUAUUUUUUGUCAGGACAGAAUUUCCGCAAAGUGUUUGUCUCUGCCUCCAAAAAGAAAAACAACACUUUAAAAUUAAGCUCCUUCAAUCCUACUUUUUCCAAAGUGUGAGAGACUAUUUUAAAUUAAUGUAGUAAUUUCAAGUCGGCAAAGAACAACUUGAAGGACAUAUUCAAUAUAUACAAAAUAUGUACUGUAUAUCAAUCCAUUUAUUUAUUUUAUCAGUCUGUGUUAUCCAUUACCAAUUUGCAGGCUGCUAGAAUUGGACAAAGACAGAAGACAUCCCUCACCCACAUUGGGUCAGACAACACGUACA